CGCUUUACUGGAUAGUUCUUGCUGUGAUCCUGGCUGCAGGAGAGAUGGAGGCGACCUCAGACCAGUCCAUCACCAUGAGCCGUAUCGCCGGGAAAUUUGGAAAGACUCUGGACGGCUGUCGCGACGAAGCCAAAUUAACCUCCGACAUCAUGAAAGGAUGGGAACAAGUCUGGGAUCAAGACUUCGAUGUAGACCGCAGAGAGAUAGGCUGCGCCAUCCUCUGUAUGUUCGGCAAGUUCUCCUUACUGAAAGAUGAUAACAACGUGCAACAAGACAGUUUGGCAGAUUACCUCAAGUCUUUUGACAAUGAUGACGCUCUUGCAGCCAAAUCAAUAGAUAUCUACAAGGUCUGCGAGAAAGAAAACGAGCAUGUAGAUGACGACUGCAGCCGCGCCGUUAAGAUGUUCGCUUGCUUCAGGACCGAAGCCAAGAAGGCCGGCAUCGCGGCCUACGUCGACUUGAUUAAAGAUGUGAUGAACGAGAGUUAAGACUCGACGGCGAAACGUGGAAUUGGAAACCAUACUGGAAGGAUUGACGUGUUUUUGGCCGUGUCUGAUUUGUUUAGUCCCAGAUUAAUGAAAGAAUCAAUAAACUACAUUCCCAUUUCAACGAAUUGAUGCAAAUCGACUUCGAUAACCAGUGUUCAAGUUUGAUUUAGCUAUUACGUGUCUAAAUUUCAUUGUAUUUUUGCCAUCCGAAGUUUCCUAACGGCUAUUUGAAUGAAAUGUUUACAGUAUUGAAUUAAGUUUUAGAAAAAGUGUGUAAGAAUUAUCAUCAUACAACAUUUAAUUAUCUUGCAAGCGGUUAGUUAAAAAUGUUAUGUACUAAAAUAUUAACAUGCAUACAUGCUGAAAUUGUCAAUAACUUCACAUAAAUUUAUUUCUUGUCGAUUCUUUGGCCAGUAUUGUUUUUAAUUUAUGUUUACCAACAGGGCGUAUUUUUAUUUGUCGUUAUAAAUAAUGCUGAUGAAAAUUAACCCUUAA